AUGGCGCCAAUAGACAGCAAAGUUGACCACGAUGGCAUCGAGCAGCAGCUCAAGGACAUCAUCCAGGACCUGUACCAGGUCAUGGUUCAGGUGUCCACGUAUGACUCCAUGGGCCGUCCCAGCAAAGAGGUCCUGUCCAACGAAAUAAAAACACUCUCCCGCUCGCUCAACACGUUGCACACGACCGCCUCGGCGCCGCACGCCCUGCCGUCGGUGCCACCCGAGUUGCUCGAGUACGUCGAGAACGGGCGCAACCCCGACAUUUACACGCGCGAGUUUGUCGAGCUCGUCCGCCGCGGCAACCAGCUCAUGGCCGGCAAGAUGGGCGCCUUUGGGUCCUUUCGCGACGUGCUCGCGCACAAUAUGGCCACGGCCAUGCCCGAGCUGCGCGAUGACGUCGCCCGCGUCCUCGACGCCACGGGCGGGCCCCGAACAACAGCCGCAGGCGUCAACGGUACCGCGGCGGCCCUCGGCGGCGGUGCGUCCACGUCCUACACGACGCCGGCUGAGCUGGGCAGUGCUGCGCCUGCUGCAGCGGUGGCAGGCACAGGCGUGGACAAUGUCCAGACGAUGGGCUAG